GGAGGGGAGACGGUUCGUUUUAGGGUUUUGCGGAGCAGAACGGAGCGAAAAGAAGACCAACUGUCAGUAAGUGAAUCAUGAGCAGAAGUUUGGGAAUUCCGGUGAAGCUUCUUCACGAGGCGUCAGGGCACGUGGUGACGGUGGAGCUCAAGAGCGGUGAGCUUUACAGAGGAAGCAUGGUUGAGUGCGAGGACAACUGGAACUGUCAGCUCGAGAACAUCACCUACACCGCCAAGGACGGAAAAGUUUCACAGCUUGAGCACGUAUUCAUCCGAGGGAGCAAAGUAAGGUUUAUGGUCAUACCUGACAUGCUGAAGAAUGCUCCAAUGUUCAAGCGCCUGGAUGCUAGAAUCAAGGGCAAGGGUGCUUCACUAGGAGUUGGCAGAGGUAGAGCUGUUUCAAUGCGGGCUAAGGCUCAAGCUGCUGGCCGUGGGACAGCUGGUAGGGGGGUUGUACCACCUGUUCGGAGGUAAUCAGUUGGACAUAAUCAGCCCUUCAUGCGAUCCUUCAGCAUCCUCGUUGUAAAAGAAUAGACUUUGUUUGGGCGAUGAGGAGAAAUCAGAAAUUGCGUAUCUUGACAGGCUGUUGUCGUUUUGUAUGCAUGUUAUGUUUUGGAUGCUACAUCUUUUGACCUUACAUUUACUCGAUUUUCUUGUAGUUGAUAUUGUUGAUGUAAUAGCUUCGUUUCAAUCUAAAUCUUCAGAGUUAGUAGCCUU